AAUUCUGUCGGCAUCCCCUUCUUAAACCCUUUCUUCUUCCGUCUCGUCGGAGCUUCAAACUCUGUUAAUCUCUCUCUUACUCGCAAACAAUCUCUCUCAGUUUCGCUCUUCAUCUCUUUCCGCCAUUCUCUCAAAUUACUCGCUGUGGAAUUGACCAUCAAAAGAAUGGUUGAAGCUAUGGAUUCUGAUUCCGGCGGAUGCGCCCUUCCCGCCGUCCGCUCCGAGGAAAUCCCCGAAUCUUGCUCUCCGCUUCCCGCGAUGAAAGAUUCGCCCCAGCCAUUAUCGCCCAUCGUCGCUGGUCCGUCUACUGCAGCCGAAGAAGAUGGUCGUUUGCUUCUUGAGGGCAACAAUCCCAGUUCUCAUCCUCUCGAGAAGGCUGGAUGCGUAGUUUCUGAAGAACUGAUUGAUGACCAUGCUCAAGAAGCGCUGGCUCUUGGUCCCUGUGGAGGCAAGAUGGCAACUUGUGCUAGUCCGAUUUCUGGGUACUCCGACGCUGCUGAAGAUGUCGACGGUAGAGUGGAGAUUUCGGGCGGGGAGAGUUUGUUGGAGGCCAAGAAGAAAAAGUUGCUGGCUGACCUUGAAGGUGGAGCGAUCUUUAAAGGGAAAACCUUCCUGGGAAAUGUGGUGGGUGCUUCCAAUGGAUUUGAGGAGUCUGAUGGACCUUCUCUCAAGGUUCAAGUAAUUGAUGAUACCGUGCUGAUCGAACCGGUUUCUGUAUUUCGAAACGUUCAGAACGGGAGGCAGCAGGUGAAUGGGGGAAACGGGAAGAGGAAUGGGAAUCAAGGUGCUGCUGAUGGGAAGAAGAAGAAGAGGCCAAGAAAGAAGGGGAAAGAUUUGAUUAAGGGGAACAUGAAUCAAGAUUUUGUGUCUGAAAAUUGUAGCGCUGAAGGAUUGUAUCCGGCGAAUGGAAAGUAUUCGAGGAAAGAGUUGGAGGAGAUGAGGUUUAUGAACAUUGUGGAGCAAAGGAGAAUCUGGAGAAGUAUAUACAAUGGAUUAGGGGCUGCUGUUGUGAAGGAGUAUGAGGAGUUGGCUUGCUCAAGGAGCCAGAAGAACUUGCACCACCGGAACUUUGAUUCCUCCAGGCAUCCACGCUUUGGAAGUCAAACUGCUGCUGCUGCUGCUGGCGCGUCAGGUGUUCCUGGGGAAGAACAGUCUUCCGAAAAUGGUGGUGAUGACUUAGAAAACUUGGAAGAAGUUGAUAGAGAGAAUUGUAGUUCGGUUUCUUCCUGCAGUCAUGAUAUCGCGGGUGGUCAAACUCCCGAUACAGUUGCAGAAGGGCAGUAUGAUGAAGAAGAUGAUAGCGAUGAUGAUUAUGCUAGCAUCCAAAAACCAGCUUUUCAUAUAGAAGGAGAACCGGAUUUCGAUUCUGGACCUCCGGAAGAUGGAUUAGAAUAUCUAAGGCGUGUUAGGUGGGAAGCUGCUCGUAUUCCGAAAGUCAAAGUCGCCAAGCUUGAUCAGCAUAAGAUUCAGGAAGAGCAAAGUGUUUAUAUGCCUCAGAUACCCGAUAUUCCCAAGUGUCCAGACCAUCUGCUGCCUUCAAAAACUUGGGAAGACGCAUUCCUGUCCGACUUUUCACAGCUGCGACUGUUGUUGGCAAGAGAUGAAGAAUCUGAUGAUCUGAUUUCUCAUAAGCCUCCGUCAGUCACCAUAGGCCACGAGCAGGAUGAUGAAGCUCAGUUCCAUCUGCUUACCGAGAACAUCAUUCUCGAAAAUGUUAAUCAGCUCUGUCCAGAAAGCCUCGAUCCCAAUGGUCCCUCUGAGGGAUCCAUUCUCGAGAACGCAGCUGAUCAUGUACCAUCAGUAUCACAAGCGAUCACCGACGAUGUUGAUAAGCCACCUGCAGCUUCUCCCACUCCAGCAGCUACCACAGCCAGGGUCAAUGAGAGUUCAACCAGUCACCCAACCUUAUCAGCGAUCCGAGCAAUGGACUCUGUGGUUCGAGUCUCCACUCUCAAGAAAAGGAUCAGCUCUGCAGAGAGCGCGACGACAACCAGUUUAUCGAAGAACGACUGCCUGUGGCUGUUUGCUCUCUGCGCAGCAGUCGAUACUCCGCUGCUCGCUGAUACCAGCGCUGCCAUUCGUGGGCUUCUCCGCAAAUGUGCAAUCCUUCGAGCUGCCAAGUCCGAGCUGGACGAUGAGGUCGUGAUGUUGAAUAUCCUGGCGACCAUCUGUGGCAGAUAUUUUGGGCAGGCUGAAUGCUGAAACACACUAUUUCAACAGAUAAUCAGUUCUUUGUCAGAUAGAAGACUCAGGGUAGUGUAGGGCUUGUCAGCUUGUGCUUGUGCCAAUCUCAAUAAACCCUAAAACCCUAGCUACUAUAGAGCCUAGAGUCGUUGAACCAAUUGGUUUCAACUUCCAAUAGUUCGAGUUGUUGGGAAAAAAUCAAUUAUAAAAUCUUGUACUAUUUACAAAAAUCCAAUUGAAA